AUGGCUAAUCGUUCAAACAAGAAGGAGGCAUCCAAUAUGUCGAAGAAAAGAAGUGCCUCGGUAGCUGAAGAAACAGUUCCAGAACAAGAUGAUAAUCUAAUUGUUGAUGGAUUAAUCGAUGCUGGAGAUGACAGUGACGAUGAUGAUGACGAUUUCGAAUCAGCUGCAGAGGAUUUUGCGGAGUCAGAUGAUGACAAACAAGAAGAACAAAAUGAAGAAGAAGACUCUGAUGCUGAACUGAACAGAUUGCUUGCUCAAGAAGAAGGUGAUGAAGAAGAAUACAAUACAUCUGAUUUUUCUGACGAUACCAAGUCUCUAACUGAUAAACUGUCUGGUGUUAAAUUAAAGACCAUUGUUGAUCCUAACAUUUAUACUAAAUACUCCGAUGGUCAACCAAGAAUCAUUAAGCCUGAGAUCAAUCCAAUUUAUGAUAGUGAUGAUAGUGAUGUAGAAACAAAAAAUACGAUUGGUAAUAUUCCAUUAUCUGUAUAUGAUGAAAUGCCUCAUAUUGGUUACGAUAUUAAUGGUAAGAGAAUCAUGCGUCCUGCUAAGGGGUCUGCUUUGGACCAACUUCUAGAGAGUAUUGAUCUUCCAGAAGGUUGGACUGGUUUAUUAGAUAAAAACACUGGGUCCAGUUUGAACAUUACAGAAGAAGAAUUAGAAUUAAUUUCCAAGAUUCAAAAGAACCAACAAACUGAUGACAAUGUGGAUCCUUAUGAACCAUUGAUAGAUUGGUUUACUAGACAUGAAGAAGUUAUGCCAUUGACAGCUAUUCCUGAACCAAAGAGAAGAUUCGUCCCAUCUAAACAUGAAGCCAAGAGAGUCAUGAAGAUCGUUAAGGCUAUUAGAGAAGGUCGUAUUAUUCCUCCAAAGAAAUUAAAGGAAGCUAGAGAGAAAGAAAAGGCCGAAGAUUUCCAUUUUGAUCUAUGGGGUGAUUCACCAGAAGAAGUUGAACAUGUCAUGAAUUUGAGGGCACCAAAAUUAGCUCCACCAACCAACGAAGAAAGUUACAACCCACCUGAGGAAUACUUAUUGAAUGACAAUGAAAGAAAAGAAUGGGAAGAUACUGAACCAAGCGAAAGAGACAAAAAUUAUAUUCCACAAAAGUAUUCAUCAUUAAGACAAGUUCCAGGUUAUCAAGAAUCUGUUAGAGAAAGAUUUGAAAGAUCUCUUGAUUUGUAUUUGGCACCACGUGUACGUAAGAAUAAAUUGAAUAUUGAUCCUGAAUCCUUGUUACCAGAACUUCCAUCACCAAAAGAUUUGAGACCUUUCCCAAUCCGUUGUUCUACUGUUUAUUCUGGACACACUGGCCGUAUACGUUCUCUGUCAAUUGACCCAUCCGGAUUGUGGUUGGCUACAGGUUCUGAUGACGGUACUGUCAGAGUCUGGGAAAUCCUUACUGGUAGAGAAGUUUACAAAGUUCAACUUGUUGACACAGAAGAGGACUCUGAAGAUCAUAUUGAAUGUGUUGCAUGGAACCCAGAUGUAUCAACUGGUAUCCUUGCAGUUGCUGUUGGAGAAAAUAUCCAUUUGAUUGUACCACCAAUCUUUGGCUUUGAUAUUGAAAAUAGUGGUAAGACAAAGAUUGAAAAUGGGUUUGGGUUUGAUACUUUUGGUAAUGUUAAGAAGAGCAAUUUAGUUGGUGACGAUGAAGAUGACGAUGGAAAUAAUAAUGAUGCUAGUGAAUCUACUGCUGUUAAGAAGGUUGUUGCCCAAUGGGUUAAACCAUCUGUUCAACAAGUAGAAAAAGAUAUCUGCAUAACUAUUAUUUGUAGAAAGACUGUUAAGAAAUUAUCAUGGCACCGUAAAGGUGACUAUUUUGUCACUGUACAACCUGAAUCUGGUCAUACAUCUGUUUUAAUUCAUCAAGUUUCAAAACAUUUAACUCAAUCUCCAUUUAAAAAAUCUAAAGGUAUUAUCAUGGAUGCUAAAUUCCAUCCAUUCAAGCCACAAUUAUUUGUUUGUUCUCAAAGAUAUAUUAGAAUUUAUGAUUUAUCACAACAAGUAUUGGUAAAGAAAUUAUUACCUGGUGCACGUUGGUUAUCUGGUAUUGAUAUCCAUCCAAGAGGUGAUAACUUGAUUGCAUCAUCUUACGAUAAGCGUGUUCUAUGGCACGAUCUAGAUCUGGCCAGUACACCAUACAAGACUUUAAGAUACCAUGAGAAGGCUGUUAGAAAUGUUUCCUUCCAUAAGAGAUUGCCUUUGUUUAGUUCUGCUGCAGAUGAUGGUACUAUUCAUAUCUUCCACGACACAGUAUAUGAUGACAUGAUGAAGAAUCCACUGAUUGUUCCAUUAAAGAAACUAACUGGUCACAAGAUUACCAGUAGUCUGGGUGUUCUGGAUGCUGUUUGGCAUCCAAGAGAAGCCUGGUUAUUUUCAGCAGGUUCCGACCACACAGCUCGUCUAUGGACCACUUAG